CGGCUGAGCGGCUCGCGUGCAGGAAACGUGAUAUGUAUAUGUCCAGGCUCACAUCCACGUUUCGCCUGACAUUGGGCGCCUGCCAGGCCUCGCCCGCGCCGCCUGUCGGCUCGGCCCUCGGCCAGCGGGGCCUCAACCUGAUGAACUUUUGCAAGGAGUUCAACGACCGGACGGCGGCAUACGCGCCCGGGACUCCGAUGCAGGUCGAGGUCCGCUCCUACGCGGACCGCACCUUUGACUUUGACGUGUCGACGCCGCUGAGCUCCUACUUCCUCAAGAAGGCUGCGGGUGUGGAGAAGGGCACCUCGAAGCCGGGCAUCGAGUGGGUGGGAUCAAUCUCCGUGAAGGAGAUUUAUGAGAUCGCCAAGGUCAAGAUGACCGACCGCAAGCUGCAGGAGCGUUCCAACCUGAGGACGAUGUGCAAGUCGCUCGCAGCCCAGUGCAGGUCCAUCGGCCUGAAGGUAUACGAUCCGAGAGAGCUGGUUGGCGCUGACGCGGGUGGCGAGCGCAGCGUGUAGUUUAUGAGUGUCAUGAUAUGUAUACAGAAA